CAUCACACAUCUAAUUGUUUGUUUAAGUACAACAUCAUUAUAAUCGGUUCGAUGUGAAAAUAAUAGUCACCAUAUAAGGAAGCUCAAUGACCUGAACAACAAUAAGUACAGCUACUAGUGCAUACUUUAAGAUGACACUAACGAGUUUACUUCAAUAAAUCCUGACCCCGAAAGGAACAGUAUGAAGCAUUUAAUUCACAGACUACAGCAAUCCGUGCGGACAACACGUGGUCAUAAGCUCCAAGUUAUAUAGCGGAACAAUUGAGACGAACCAUAUCAACGGCGUUUAACCUGUGAAAGGAUAUCAAGGCAGCGUACUAGCAAUAACGCAGGAGAGAUCUUACCCAUCACCCUACAACUUCUAACCCAGUAGCCACAUCUACGCAAAGUGGCUAAUAAUAUGGUUUGUCGAUUCACUCGAAAUGGAGUGUCCGAACUAAUAUUCCACUCCAGGCGAAGAGGGGCAAUAAAACAAAAACAUUAUGUCAAUAAUGCAUGCAGAUAGCAAAAAACGUCAUAAUUUUUGGAGAAACUGGCGCAGGGAAAAGCUCUCUAAUCAACUUGAUCGCGGGGGAGAGGGUAGCAGAGACAUCCAGCAAGGCCGUAGGAUGCACGUUUGAUAGCCAAUGUUACAAGGUGAAGGUCAAUCAAGGCGAAUAUUUUAUCUGGGACACCGCAGGUCUGAACGAAGGGAUUCAUGGGACUGUGCCAGGACCAGCGGCACUAGCGAGCAUGAAGAAGCUCCUUCGAACCCUGGCUGACGGGGAAGGUGUCAGUCUUCUCGUUUACUGCUUUCGCGGACCGCGGGUCAGGAGCGUACUGCUCAAAAACUACAAACUUUUUUAUUCUGCUAUCUGCAGAAAAAAAGUUCCCAUUGUGGCAGUUGUAACCGGUCUGGAAAAUGAAUCGGAUAUGGAUCGAUGGUGGACAGAGAACCAGAUGGUUUUCAGGAAGAAUCGCAUGUUUUUCCACGACCACGCAUGCGUGACCACACUCGGAGACGGUAACAUCACAUCCGAUGCUUUUAAAACUCGUUACAAUGAUUCACAGACCAAAGCCCAAGUCCUCAUACAAAGUAGCUGUCGCAGUAAACCUUGGAAACUUUCAAGCAAGAAUUGGAUCGAGGCUACUCUUGGUGACGUUCGUUCCAUGAUUUUAUCCAACGUAAUCGCAUGCGACAUUACCCACGAUG